UGUACCGGCAUGGAAAACAUGUUACAGUUCAUGAAACUAGUGGGACAGUUAAAGCGGGUGCCGCGGACAGGUUGGGUUUACCGGAACGUGAAGCAGCCGGAGAGUGUGUCUGAUCACAUGUACAGGAUGGCAAUGAUGGCACUAACAAUACAAGAUCCCAGCAUGGACAGAGACAGGUGUAUCAAGCUGGCUUUGGUCCAUGACUUAGCAGAGUGCAUCGUGGGUGACAUCGCUCCAGCGGACAAUGUCAGCAAAGCCGAAAAACACAAAAGAGAAAAGGAGGCGAUGGUUCGAAUCACAGGCCUGCUGAAUGAAGAUCUGCGUAAGGAGCUAUACCAGUUGUGGGAGGAGUAUGAGAACCAGUCGAGCGGUGAGGCGAGGCUGGUGAAGGAACUGGAUCAACUGGAGAUGAUCCUACAGGCUCAUGAGUAUGAGGAACUGGAGGGAAAUCCCGGUCGACUGCAGGAAUUCUUCACCUCCACUCAAGGCCGUUUUCAUCACCCACACGUCGUAGCUCUGGUGAAGAGUUUAAAUGAGGAGCGAGAGCAUCACAUGGCUACAGGAUCAGAUCCAGGAUCAGAGAAACCGACAGAACCGAACUCCAACCCAACAACAAACUGCUCAUGACCUGCCUGUUUCAUAUCAACACAUACUGUAUAUUAAUUCUUUUUUUAUUGUUUCAUAAUUGAGGAUGGUUGGUAUCCUGAUCAGGGUCUCUGUCAGUGUAGAAGCACUGGAUGUAAGGUGGCUAUUUGAAGAAACCAGGAGCUGAAGAUCAAACCCCGGUACCCUGGAAAUACACUUUAUUACCAGAAGUAAUGCAGACACCUCCCCGAUUAUUACGUUCAUGCGUUACAGCCACACCCAUUGCUGACAGGUGUAUUUAUGUUUAACUAUAUGAAAUAAAGUGUAUAGCAGCCUG